CUAAAAAAUUUUUUUGUCCAAUAAUAAUUUUUCUGAAUAUUGGGGGUAACUUAAGUUUGAGUGUCUGGAAACAUGUAUUGCACUUGAUAUGUGGCUUGGUUACUGUAACUCAUCCAUCCAUCCAUCGAUCCAUUACCUAUACCUGCUUAUCCUGGGCAGGGUUUCGGGUAGGGUGCUGGAGCCUAUCCCAGCAUGCAUUGGGCAACAAUAUAUUGCAGGGCAUACACACCAUUCACUCACACACUCAUACCUAUGGGCAAUUUAGAGUCUCUGAUUAGCCUACCUGCAUGUCUUUGAUCUGUGGGUGGAAACCGGAGUACCUGGAGGAAACAUGCAAACAUGUGAACAUGCAAAAUCCACACAGUAAGGCCCAACCAGGAUUCAAUCUCAGCAUCUUCUUGUGCUACCCACUGCAGCACCGUGCUGGCCCUACUGUAACACAAUACCCACGAAAAAUCUAAGCAGUUCCUAUGCAUGAUUUGAGGUGUAUAUUAGUUAGCGAAGACCAUGAAGGUCAUUUGGGCAGAAACGUUAAGUGUCAAUCUGAUAAAGGAAUUAGGAAGGUGGAUGGGGAAGUUGCAGGACAUGACAGAACUGACGCCAGAGGGACAAGGCUGGAUUAGAUUAGCAUCUCGUCCAGAUGGUUUGCAUGAAGCCGAGUAAAAGCCUGUGAAGAUGAUAUUGAAAAUUUUGGUGGACCUUAAUUUUUAACUUUUGCAAAGCAAGCCUACUUUUUCAGCAGUUAGAUAAACUUCAUUCUAGACAUCUCGGUAGGGUUGAACCAGCUUGCCAUUGAAAUGUUAUUAAUUACCUACGGUGCACAAUUAUUUAUAUGCAGUGGGAGUCUAACAAUGUUGUUGGUGCUCCAGACAAAAGCAUUUGUGACUUUGACCAGCAAGAUGUAGCGGUAAAGCCAAAGAUAAUACCUGCCAAAAGACGAUUAGCAGGCAAUAUAACGUGUGCGAUUAGCCUUCUUAACAGUAUUUGCUGGCAGAUUAGUUUGCUGCUUUAAUACUGAACUGUUGUUCUCUGUGAAUGGGAUUAUCCGUAUUAGCUGGGGUAAAAAUUAGACAAGUAAGUAGGGGUCUAAUAAAUUUGUCAAAUCCUUGCCUUUGCAUACUGGAUAUCCUUUCAGGGGUGCCUAUAAAAGCACAUUCAAUAUGCUGUCAGUCAAACAAAGGCGCGAUUGAGAAGUACAAGGAGGUGGCUGCACAGAGACGUGCAAAACAGUGUACGGAACUGGAAUCUGGACUUCCUUUCCCUGUCAUGUUCUAGACAAAAAAAUCAACCAGAUCUUUGAAGGGAAAGAGCACACACUAAGAGACUCGUAUUAGUCGUAUUGGUAAACAGCUGGACAUUAAGCAACAAGAAAAAUGAGGUCAGUUCCACGGCAGCAGGAGCUCCCAGAGGACUUCUACAUCCCCAUCCCUUUGGACACCAACAACAUCACCGCCCUCAGCCCAUUCCUGGUCCCUCAGGACCACUUGGGCAGCACGGGGCUGUUCAUGAGCCUGGCCGUCUAUAUGUUUCUCCUCUUCGCUGCUGGCACGGCCAUCAACGUCCUCACCAUCGCCUGCACCGCCCAGUACAGGAAGCUGCGGUCCCACUUCAACUACAUCCUCGUUAACAUGGCCGUGUCAAACCUUCUGGUGUCUUCCGUGGGCUCGUCCACCGCGUUCUACUCCUUCGCCAACAGAUACUUCGUCCUCGGGCCAAUCGGCUGUAAGAUCGAAGGCUUCCUGGCCACACUGGGAGGUACGGUGAGCCUGUGGUCCCUGGCAGUGAUUGCCUUCGAGAGAUACCUGGUUAUCUGCAAGCCCAUCGGAAACUUCGCCUUCAAGGGCCCCCAUGCACUCGCUGGCUGUGCCAUCACCUGGGUCAUUGCACUGAGCGCAGCCUGCCCUCCGUUUUUCGGUUGGAGUCGGUACAUCCCAGAGGGCCUGCAAUGCUCCUGUGGUCCUGACUGGUACACCAUAGGCAACAAGUACAAUAACGAGUCUUACGUCAUCUUCCUUUUUUGUUUCUGCUUCAUCCUUCCGUUCAGCAUCAUCGUGUUCUGCUACAGCCAGCUUCUCUUCACACUGAAAUCGGCUGCCAAGGCUCAGGAGCAGUCCGCCUCCACGCAGAAGGCCGAGAGGGAGGUGACUAAGAUGGUGGUGGUGAUGGUGCUGGGCUUCCUGGUCUGCUGGCUGCCGUACGCCUCCUUCGCCCUGUGGGUGGUGCUGAACCGCGGGGAGGCCUUCGACCUGCGGCUGGCCACCAUCCCGUCCUGCCUGUCCAAGGCCUCCACCGUCUACAACCCCGUCAUCUACGUCUUCAUGAAUAAACAGUUCCGCUCCUGCAUGAUGAAGCUGAUCUUCUGUGGAAGGAAUCCAUUUGGGGAGGAGGAAGAGUCUUCCUCACAGGUUACCCAGGUGUCCUCUGUUUCCACAAGUCAGGUGUCGCCCUCCUAAACCACCAUUCCGCUACCGUCCUCACUGUGAACCACAGCCUCAACCUGCGCUCACAAUCUUGGCCCGCCCAGUUCCCUCUGCACAUCUCUGCAUUCUUAAGAGCUUAUACUGUUUGCCAGAACUAAGAUAAUAAUAUAUAAUCUGUUCUGAUCACACCCUUUAGGUAGCAAUUAUAAAUAAGAUAAAACCCCUUCCUAGGAGCAUAAUCACUGCCAUGACUCACCAAAUCAGAAUGUAGGUACUCAUAGGACAUGACUGCCUGGUACAGCACAAGCGUUGGCAGUCUGUUGGCUCUUGGCUGGCGUAAGUGUUUUUAAGCAUUUAUGUAGUGCUUAUGAAGGUUUUCUGGAGGGCCGAUUUAGGUGUUACUUGGUUCUGUGGCUUACAUGAGUGCCAUGUGGUCCUUCUGUGGAUGAAAACCGGAAUCUAGACAUCUAGCAGGGUGGAAAUCUAGGUGGAGAGGCGUUUUCACACGAACUAGGUUAACCCCAGAAUAGCUCAGGUUUUACCCGGAUGCAGCCUGUCUACGUCCCAGUCAGCUAGAAAACUUUCACUUUUCAACAAAAUGUAGCCGGGUGUUCCCCUGAACGUCUGGACAGCGUUUCACCAAAAUGUUCACUGGGAACCUUCAAUCUGAAUCUGUCAAUGACUCCUCAAACUUAGGUAGUCAUUGUUCUUUUGAAAUGGACAGGGUUUGAAGACAAAUCAAAGUAACCUCGUGCAGUUAGGUGGUUACAGUAUAUUCAUUGUCUGCUGGCAAUCUCAAACAAAAAGAACAUUUUGAAACAGUCUUUUAUUCCAGUUAAAAAGUGGGUCACAGCAGGUUUCAUUUAAUUUAGCUGGUGCUUUUCACCUGAAAGUAAACACAUUUUAAUACUGUAAAUAAUUUUGCAAAGAAUAAACACUUUAAAUAGGUGGUGUUGUUUAUGCUAAUGUAUGAUAUUAAAAUAGUCUGUAUGAUAUUCAGCAAUAAAGAGAUAACGUGCAUGAAAAAAAAACAUUAAAAAUAAAUGUUGUUUGAAGCGUGA